CGCGUACACACAGACAGACACCAAAAUGACGCACACAGACGCACACACACAUAAACACCCAGCCUCGCUCGCCCAUAAAUAGGAGCGCGGAUCGCUUUGGCGCAUUCGUAGUCUCCAUCACCAGCGACGUGGCCGGUCCCCUUGGCUCCAGCCUCAUCUCACACACACAGAGGGAGUGGAUACAUCAUAUUGACCAGCUAGUGAGACGGACUCCUCACAACGCGUGGGGCUACAGGGACUCACAACACGUGGGUGACACGGACUCGCGUAGAGGCAUCGACUGCCCAGGCACACGGGUGGAGGGUUAGGGUUAGGGCUCUACACGCACAGGUAGGAUCACUCAGUCAGUGAAACACUCUCUCCCAGUCUAACGCUCUCUCCCAGGCUCAUAAUCUCUCUCAUUCUAACACUCUCUCCCAGUCUAACGCUCUCUCCCAGUCUAACACUCUCUCCCAGGCUCAGUCUAAUAUCCUCACACACACAUUAUCUCUCACACUCGUUCACACCUAUCAAUACACACUCUCUCGUUCACACGCACUCUAUUACCCACUCACACGCAAUCACACAGUCUCUCUCACAUGCACUCUGUCAAACACUCACCCACACACACUCGUUCACACACUCUCUCACCACUCACACUCUCAAAGCAUCACACGCUCUCUCACACACGCUCAAAAACACACGCUCCCACACACUCACUCUCUCACACACUCACUCUUACGCAUUCUCGCACACACACUGACACCCUCCCACACAAAAUAUAUUGAUAACCAAGGGAACUAUUAUCGAUAUACAUAUACAUUGAAAACUGCAUAUAUACACAGAGAAUAGGCACACAAAUAAAGAUUAUACUGGCCAUACAUAGUGAGAGUAUAGACGGGCACAGAGAGUGACGCACAAAACUACUGCACAGGAGAGUGGCCAUGCGGCUAACACUCGCAUUCACCACGCUCUGCUUGUGCCUCUGUAUCGGGAGCGAACCCUCACACAACCCUGUGUCCAACCAUGACCCUGGCGUAGUCCUGGGAGGUGGCGGCAAUGUGGGCGGGAACACAUCCGACCAAGUGUCAUGUAACCAGGCGCCACGUGGCCAGAGGGAGGAAGUAGAAUCUGGUGGGAAAAGUUUAAAUGGCGGCGAGCACAUGAGAGAGAGGAGGCGGGGGGAUAAACUCGUGGCAGUUGGGAAGUCGUCUCGCUACUGGCCAAGGGCGGUCGAGGUUGGCGCAGGGGCGUCGGAGCUGGCUAAGAGAGUGUCAGAAGUCGAGCGGAAAAUAUCGCGGCUUGGAAAGGUGGUCUCAGACUUAACGUUGGGAGCGUUUGCGCUGGGCACAGAAUUUUCGGGCAUCGAAAGCGAAACGUACAGGUUUUGUGCAAAAGUAUUUCGUUUUGGCAUGGAAUCGGGCAUUGGAAAGGAAAACUCAGCUUUUUUUAAAAACUUGUUAGUGCUUGGAUUAGGGUCAUUGGAUCUUGGAAUGGACAGUUCCGGCGGUGACAGAAAGGCAGUCAAAUUGGUCGUGAAUUCAGGCUUUUCAACAGAGCAGCUGAAUCAUCGAAUGGAAGCUUUCAAGUUUGCAUCAAAACUAUCUAAUUUAGGGAUAGAGAAGUCUGACUUUGACUCAAAAGAAUUCCACUUUGGCACCGAAUCAAAUUUCGGACCAGAGUCCAAUUUCCAGAAGCAGGCAUUCGAGUCUGGAACAGAGCCGUCAGAUUAUAGAGCCAGAUCAUUUGAUUUCGGAACAGAGUCGUUGGACCUCGGAGCCGAAGUCUUUGAGCUGGGUGCAGAUGCAUUGGACUUUGGAGCCUGGGCCCUGCGUCUAGGGGCUGGGGCACUCGUCCACGCAGCGUUGAGCGUCAUGUCCGAGAGCGAAGCCUUUGGCAGCCUGAGAACGGCGUGCAGGGCGGCGCUGUUGAACCACAACGCCAGGGGCUCCAGAUACGCACAGCAGAUGUCCCACAGUGGCUCGGGCGAGAGCACCAGUGAGAAGAUGCCACCGGCAGUCCUCACCGGAAGGUCGUCGAAACGAAAAUCACCCGACAGCUCCAUCACCAAUCGGUUGUGGACUUUGGUCGAGCGGCAAGUCACCGACGUACCUUGGGAGAGAACGAAUGAGUCAGACCAGACUCGUGUCGACAGAUUGCUGCUGAGCAAAUGGAUUCCGCUGCCGCUGAGCAAAUCGGUCAUCGCAGAGAGCUCCAUAGAAGCAACCUCGGGGAAAGACCACAGGCUGAGCAAGGAAGGAUUGGAGCAUGCAUCGUCACAAGAGGCAGCAUCGACUGGAGGAUACGUGGCCAUCGGGGAAGGUGAGGAUGGAGAGGUGGAAACGGAGGAGAAAGUUGGGGCAUCGACGGCGAUCGUCGCUGGGGCAAAGCGUCGAGUGAGGAGAGGCUUCACAUACCCCGGCACACUGUGGUGCGGGGCCGGGAACAGCGCAGACAACUUCGAUCACCUGGGCGAGUUCGAGGAGACGGAUCGCUGCUGCCGCGACCAUGACCACUGCGAGCACGUGAUCGACGCGUUCCGAUACAAAUACGGACACCGCAACCUCCGUUGGCACACCAUCUCGCACUGCGCGUGCGACCACGGCUUCAAGCAGUGCCUGCGGAGGUCCAACGACACCGCGUCGCUCGUCAUGGGCCAGGCGUACUUCAACGUCAUCAGCGUGCCCUGCUUCACUCUCGAGGAGCACGAGGAGUGUGCCGAGAGGUCCUGGCUGGGAUGGUGCCAAAGGCACGAGACGGUCUACAGAGCUGUCGUUCGGGAUCAGGAGCCCUACCAUUACGGCGCCGUGGAUCUCAUCGACCUGCCCGUGACCUCACCGACACUGGCGGCAUGGGGGAAUAAGGGCACGGAGGCGCCGGGCGCGCAGGAGAGAAGGGAGACGGCAGAGGAGGGAGCGGUGGGCGGGGCACAGACCCUGGGGAUCUCCUCCCCUGGGGCCGAGGGGAUGGCUGGGGUCGCCGUGGCUGAGAAACCGACGGUCAUGGCCACGACGGAGCAGCAGAGUCGAGACAAGAAGCAAGGACAGCCGAGGACGGCUGCAGGCAAGGGGGGCAGAGGCCAUGGAAAGAAUCGGGGCAAGAAGAGACGAGGACGCAAGAGGAAGGGAAACCCCAACUCGGCGCCGAGUGGGAAGGCAGCUUUGCCAACGAUGCAGCAACCUUCGAUCUUGGACCUCCGAGAAAGCAGACCUACGGACACGUCUACAAAUGCACCGAGAGCGGUCACUGGCUCAGCCCCGGGCUCUCGCCCCAUUGGAAACCCUCAGACAUAUCUGGCUAGAAGGCGUCAACAUUUUGCUGAUUUGCUCAGACAUCUGGGCACACAUCCCCGGGCCGCAGGAACAUUGCCAGCUGUGACCCCCCCGAAGAGAGCAAUUCGGGGAAAUGGUAAAAUGAGCCCCAGCUAUCCCCUGCCCCCUUCAACCUUAAACAGCCUCCCAGCGACCACCUCCAACCCCAACAACCAAACGUCUGUCUUGAUCUCCCAAUUGCACUUGCCAGCUGGCCGUCAACAGGUCGCCAAGUGCCAGUAUGGGCUCUCGUUUAUGGCGCGACUGCUAUCCCGCGGAAAACCAAGGAGGCCACCAGCACGCCCACACAAUAAAAUGGCGGCGGCAUCGCUGGGAUUUGGUUUGCAAACGGUGGUGUCGAUCACAACAGCAGCGAUGACGACGACGAUGGUGCCAGGGCAACAGACCCCAUUCUUCACAACAGCAGCAGCAGUGGCGGUGGCAGAUGGGCAAUCGUUUUACCAUGCCGGCAAGAACGCGUUGAAGGCCACUGCCUUUGCAGGCACUGGUUUGAGAGCAACGAUUGCACCAACGUCGUCUGCUCUCCAGCCUCUGGGUAGAUUAAAGGUGCAACCGCUCGUGAAUGGUGACAACGUCGCCGCUGGUGGCACAGUUAUUCUCAAGGCAAAGCGCAACAAGGGCAGAAAGAGAAAGAAAAGUGCCGCAUUACUCGCGACACAUUCACUCGAUAAUUCACCAGCAGAGAAGCCCUCUCGUUUUUCUAGGCUUUGGCUUACUUAGCGACUGGCGGUUAACUACCAGUCAUAGUUA